CACGCGACAUCCAGUUAACGAAUCUCUAUCACCAUGGCUCGACGCUUGGCUACAUUUCAGAAAUUCCUCUCUAUGCAGAACAGAAUGGCUGUCGUUACGGCUGGCUUCGCUGGAGGUGAUGCAGGUCCUCAAGCAUUGAUAUCAGCCGGUAUCCUCGACGAGCUCCGGUCUGGUUCUCAUUAUGAAGUCGAUCUCGACGAUGCCCCUUCUAUCUACCUAGUCUUAAGUCCCGAGUCAGACCCUGACUAUAAGGGCAUGAAGAAGCCUCGUACCGUGAGCAGUGUUACAAAGGACAUUAGCCGGCGAGUCCAUGGCCAUGCGAAUCAAGGGAAGUUUGUUCUGACCCUUGGUGGUGACCACUCCAUUGCAACUGGCAGCGUGUCCGGUACAGCCAAGGCAAUUCGAGAAAGACUGGGAGGCCGUGAGAUGGCUGUUGUUUGGGUUGAUGCGCAUGCGGACAUCAACACCCCUGAGCCGAGUGAUAGUGGUAACAUCCAAGGUAUGCCGGUGGCAUUUCUCACUGGACUAAUAAAUUCAAACGAUGCGGAUAUAUUUGGGUGGCUCCAGAAGGAGAAUCUGGUCAAUGUUGGGAAGUUUUUGUACAUUGGUCUUCGUGAUGUUGAUGAUGGCGAGGAAAGGACCAUUGAACGCUGUGGUAUCAAGGCGUAUACCAUGCAGAAUGUGAAGAGACGUGGAAUUCAAAACAUCAUGGACGAAACUUUGGCAUAUAUCAGGGAUGAAACCCCAACCCAUUUGUCAUUCGAUAUAGAUUCCCUGGAUCCAGCCUGGGCACCAAGUACCGGUCACCCAGUCAGUGAGGGAUUGUCACUUGCGGAUGGGGAGUUGAUUGCUCGACAGCUACACGAGACUGGUAACCUUGUUGCGAUGGAUUUGGUGGAAGUGAAUCCAUUAAUAGUCCGCCCUGGGCUUGCCCAAACGGUGAGGUCUGGAUGCUCUGUGAUUAAAAAUGCACUAGGAGUGGCGUCACCUCAAUCAUCAUGA